AUGUCUGAAAAUGGAAUGAUUCAAAAAGUAGACCUCUACCAGAUUUGGGAACAAGAAGAAUUCCGUCAGAUUUUACCAUUUAAAGAGUACAUAUUUGAUAUGCUGAUACAUCUAGAUAUCGUAUCCGAACAACGGAGAUAUGAUACUAAAACAGGAAGUCGUCUACCAUUAGAAAACUUCUUUGUACCCUGUAUGCUUACACAAAGAAAUGAUACAGAUUACUUGACACAAGAAUGUACACCAGAGAGGACUCUCAGUUUGGCCUUUGUUUUCAAAGGAACCAUCAUACCUCCAGCCUUACCAAACCGUCUAAUAUGUGCAUGUCUGAGUAUGUGGACAUUAAAAGAAUACCAAGGACGGAAACUUAUGUUUUCGGGGUUUGUUGGGUUAUCAUUUGAUAAAGAGCAUGAUAUUGUUGUCUGUGUAGAAGGAAAUAAGAUCUUUUUGCACCUAGUCCACAAGCGCUCCAAGGGUUUGAUAAUACCUGAUAUAGCCACCAGUGUCCGGGAUUGUUUGUUUGUUACUUUGGAGAGAAUAUCCGAAUUUUAUCAGUCAACUAUCCAUUGUAAAGCCAACAACAAGUUACCAUUCCACACUGAGUAUUCCUGCUCAAAAUUAAACUGUUUUACUCCAGAAGAAAAUAUGGUUGUAGAUACAGAGGAAUGUCUUUGCGAACAUGGUGAAAACAUUAAACACAACUGGAGAGUUUGGAAUCAGAAACUGGAACAAAUGCAGUGUGAUCCUAGUUGUCCAGGUUUGAGUGAAUAUUCUUUAGAUCAAAUUCCAAGUAACCCCGAGUUGCUUCGUCUUUCCUGUAAUUGUGAGGAAGACUUGAUACAUGAAUUAGCACUUCGUCUUGGAAUGGAAGAGAUAGAUUGGAGAGAUAUUGGCAAGAAUUACACAGGAAAUACACAGAUGGUCAAGUUUUUGACACUUAUUCACUUGAAAGAGAAUUAUUCAAUAUGUUUUGGAGAUCUAGAUAAAAGUUUGCAAGAAAUGAAAAUAACAACACACACAUUAUGCAUGGUCAGGAGAAGAAAACAAGUUAAAUCUAGAAUUUCCGACGACAUAUUAGAUUGUAUCCCUACAGAUGAAAUUUUAGACAAGCUAGCACCACAGAUUGGAAAAAUGGUUUUUCAACUUGGAACAGAACUCGGAUUGUCCAUAGCGGAUUUAGAAAAUAUCGACAAAUGUAGUACCAAUUUGACAGCCCAAAAUAAGGAAGUUUUAUUUACUUGGAGAAAAGACAGAUCAGUAAAACCUACAAUACGGGUCAUUAAACAAGCUUUAGUUAAUAUAAGAAAGGGUGUACGUUGUUUAGAGGAGGUUGUGAAGAACAUAGAUGCAAAAACAUUAAGAGCUGUGGAAAAAGUUACAGAUAAAAUCAGAGAUAAUGCAGACAAAAUCAUACAGGACAUACAAACCAGCCAAAUUUUAGACCAUAUGAUGGCACAUCUGGUGAUAUCAGUAGAUGACAGACGUCGUAUUGAACAACAAGCUGGACAAGAUGAUCAGAACAAAGCAUUGCUGGAUAUUGUGAGCAAGAGGAGGGAACCUGCUUACAGUGUGUUUGUUGAUGGAUUACGUAUUUAUGGAUACGAAGAUAUCGCUAAUGAUUUGAAAUGUGAUUUCAGUCCAAGUCCAACAUCAGCAUCUGCGGAAAAUGAAGGCUUAUCAGUUUGGAAUUUUCCAUUAUAUAAAGUUCGUCUACAAAAGAACUACCUCAAGGUCAUCACUGAUAUACAACACGAGAACAUAGUAGAUCAUCUAAUAUCAAAAGAGGUAUUGUCAGUUGAUGAUGGGAAGAAGAUAGAAUCUGGUAAAACCCCACAGGAAAAGAACAGGAAUUUAAUGGACAUGCUUUUGCGUAAAAAUGAACAGGGAUUUAAUGAAUUUCUCAAAGCCCUACGAAAAGACUCAAUUUAUGCAGAUCUAGCAGAUCAAAUAGAGAAGACAGAAGUUACUAGCACGGAUAUGGCAACCCUUAAUAAAUGCACAAAAUGAAAGAAAAACUUUAUACAACAAGUUAAAGACAGCUAAGACACACACAUGUAAACAAUGAAUAGAAGGAGGUAUUGUCAAUCCAAUGUUCAAUGAUUUGGUCACUUAAACCGCUAAGACAAACACAUGUAAACAAUGAAUAGAAGGAGGUAUUGUCAAUCCUAUGAUCAAUGAUUUGGUCACUAAAACCAUCAAAGUGAAUGAAUAACAAUAUAUUAUUGAUAACAAUAUUUUAUAUUAAACAUAUGUCAUGUGUGAGUGUCAUGCUUGGCAAGAAAAAAGAUAAAAUAUGUACCCCUUUUACGAGUAUUCAUUCCUGUAAACACAAAUCCCCAUACGAGUGUUCGUUCCAUAACAGAUAUGUUAAUUAUGAAGCAGUCAUGACAUAUUUUAUAUUCAUAUAAAAUAAUUUUAAUGUAUCUUAAUAUAAUUAUUCGGAACCAGUAAUUGGAAAGUUCAUAUGCACUACUGUUUUUUCAAAGGUCAAAACAUAUGGCUGUGCGGUAUAUUUUCAACAUUUAUAUACCUCAAACUUCCAAGAAUUUAAACCUACAUGUAUACUAAAAUUAUGUACUUCCUCUCACUUAACAUUUGGUCCUUCUCAGAAUUUAAUUUUGCCGCUAUCCAUGUGAAUUCAUACUGGUAAAGUUCCCAAGAUGUGUCUCUUU